UCACGGCUCCUUGUCAUGGCUUCCCGGCCUUAACCGUGGCAAUAUAUAUAACCACCCACGCCGGCAAACCAUCCAACUGCCCAUCCAUUCCCACUUCCACUGCCCACCCAAACGCGUUCGCCAUGGCCGUGCAGGCGCGGCACUUCUCCCACGACUUCCCGGCGGCGGUGGGCGGCUCCCUGUUCCUGGACGAGUACGCCGGGUGCGCGCCGACGACGGCGCCGGCGUGGCCUCGGGACACGACGGUGCUCAGGGACUUCCCGCGCAGCGACCUCGCCUGCAACUACGGCUUCGUGCCGCGGAAGAGGCCGCGCCUGGCGGCGGCGGAGGCGCCAGCGGCGGGAUGUUUCUUGGACGAUCAGCGCGCGGUUAUGAUCCCGGCGGGGAUCGAGGGUCUGGUGGCAGUGCCAUCUGGCGUCGUCGAUGCGCAGAGCAGGGUGGUGGGCUCCGGCGUCGCGUCCACCAGCGGGAGGGCGGCUAAUGGCGCGAGCGCGGCGCGGGGCUUUCUGGCGUGGAUGCACCACCAGGGCAUGGAGAUCGAUGCGCUCGUAAGGCUCGAGGCAGAGAGGAUGCGCGCGGGUCUGGAGGAGGCGCGGCGGAGGCAUGCCCGUGCGCUUCUGGCCGCCGCGGGCCGCGCCGCGUCGGGGCGGCUGCGCGCGGCGGAGGCCGAGGCGUCGCGCGCGCUCCGGCGCAACGCGGAGCUGGAGGAGAAAGCCCGGCAGAUGGGCGCGGAGUGCCAGGCGUGGAUGGGCGUCGCCAGGAGCCACGAGGCCGUCGCCGUCGGCCUCCGCGCCACCCUCGACCAGCUCCUCCAGUCGCCCCGUGCGGCCGAGGGCGAUGCCGAGGACGCGCAGUCGUGCUGCUUCGAGGCGCCGCCGGCCGCGGGAGACGUGGACGGUGCCGCGGGGUCGUCCAAGGCCGUGGCGGCGGCACCGUCGUGCAGGUCGUGCGGCGGCGGCGAGGCGUGCGUGCUGCUGCUGCCGUGCCGGCACCUGUGCCUGUGCCGCGCGUGCGAGGCCGCCGUAGACGCGUGCCCCGUCUGCGCGGCCGCCAAGAACGGCUCGCUCCACGUCCUGUUCUCCUGAGGCGUGCCGUGCUCGUCCGUGGACGCGCGGAUGACAACGGCCUGGCUCCUCCCACAAGGCCGAGUCAGAGCGAGAGCACGCUAUCCACUUCAGUGCCACGCCGUCCUCGCAUCAUGCCGAUGGGCGGAAUAGCGUAGCAUCCUGGGAAGGAGAUUAUGUGGAGAAUGGGCAACGGCGCAAAACAAUUCUGUUCAGUCGCACAUGAAUUGGAGGUACCCGAAGGUUGACGUCCAGACUGAAUCGUGCGAAGGUAGUUCAGCUUGCAGGAGUUAGCUGCAGAAAUGGAGACAAUGUCUGACGAGCACACGUGUUCUCUUGACAAAGUCACCAAUGGCUGAACCAACGAACAGUUCUUUGCUGGAAAAGCUUUCUUUCAGUGUAGAUUGUCAACAAAUUAUCGAUUCGUCUGAAGUCUGAACCAAUCCUUGAGGUGCUUUCAGAUCUCUGAAGAAUGGUGCGCGUUACACCUCUCAAGCGAUUUGGUAAAACUCUAAUCCGACAACGAUGCACGGCGGGUGUCCCGCGACUCGCGAGGAGAUGAUGGCGUCGAUGUACAUAUUUUGUGCAAGCGAGAGGGGUUCUGGUUUCUGAAUGGUGAAGUUGUGAAAUGAUGCCAACACCGCUGCAGAAAUCAGGCCUGCACAAAAGUAUCUUUAAAGUGAUGAUUAUUCGAAGUGAUCCGUGUACUUUAGAUAACUUGGUAGAAUGGUACACCCCAUCCUAAAUUAUUAUUUAUUCUGACUUUUUUUGGUA